GGAUAUAAGUUUCUAUAUUUACAGAAAUGUUUCCUUAACUGCUCGUACCAGACACUUUUAUUAUGUUUUUGCAAAAUACAUUAAGCUAAUUUGUUUUAUGUUGUGACUGGAAAGGCGUAGGCGCUUUCGUUAUCUUUUUAUUGGGUGAGGUUUAAUUACCGACACUGUUUCGCGAGGCAGCCAAAUGUGGUUAGGUUUAAACGUAUAAGGCUAGCGUACUUAACGUAGUUGGCUCAGUUGGCAGUUAAAACGUUGGUUAAAAUAAGCCUAUUCAUGUAGGGAAUAUGGUUCUCUGUUAUAACCAACACACGUAUUUCAUAACUCCACAAAAGUUUCUAAUGUCAGAGUAACUGGACAUUUACUGGAACUGCAGGUGGUUAUAUCUGAGCUUUCGCUUUAAAACGGCACUUCAGAGUACAGUGUUCUUUGGAGGAUUUAUUAUGGAUAUAGCCUAUGUUGUGCAAAAAAAGAGACUCCUCUCCGCUUCAACUCACACGAGCACACCUGUCCUGUCAAUCAAGUUUAGGCAGCACGAUUUCAUAUCCACUCUGCUGAAAUGCGUAUUUUUUGGAAAAAUAUUUUGGCAGUGCUGCUUCUUGUCGGAGGAUUGUACUUCAUGAGCCAAUCCAACUUCCUCAUUGCUGGCCGGUCGCAAAAGGCGAUUGCGAAUGAGUUAACAUGGAGCGUAGAGAGGCUGGUUAGUAAAGAGUCCUGGGUGGAGCAGGGAGAAUACCUCCCUCUCAAUGUGUCUUAUCAGCUGCUGGCUGGAGCACCAUCUACUCAACAGAGGUUUUUAUCAGUAGGACUAUCAUCGGUGAAGAGGGCGAAGGGAAGCUAUCUUAUCCCCACUCUGCAGUCCCUCUUCUCCCAGUCUUCUCCUGAGGAGCGCUCUUCCAUGGUGGUGGUGGUGCUGCUGGCAGACUUCGAUGUCAGCUGGAGAGCCAGCACAGCGACUGAGAUCAAAACUGCAUUUGCCUCGGAGCUGGAGCAAGGCCAGCUGUUGGUCCUCCACGUUCCUCAGGAGAUGUACCCUCCCUAUACAGGGCUUAAGAGGAACUACAACGAUCCUCCAGAAAGGGUGUCGUUUCGCUCCAAGCAGAACCUGGAUUACUCCUUCCUGAUCCUCUACAGUGCUAGUCUUGGUCAAUACUACCUCCAGAUCGAGGACGACGUUUUCUCUGCCAAGAAUUUCCUUUCCACCAUCAAGAGACGCGUGGCGGAGCAGGAGGCGAAGAAGACCACCUGGGCGAUGCUGGAGUUUUCGGCCCUCGGCUUCAUCGGGAAACUCUACAAAUCAGUCCAUCUUCCUCUCCUGGCACGCUUUCUCUUCCUCUUCUACCAGGAAAUGCCUUGCGACUGGUUGAUGGGUCGCUUCCGAGAUUUGAUGACCCAAAAAGGGCCAAUCCUUUUCAAACCCUCGCUGUUCCAACACAUGGGAACCUUCUCCUCGUUCCAAGGGAAAUACAACAAGCUUAAGGACAAGGACUUUGAGGAACAUUAUACCAAUCCUUCUGCUGAGGUCUAUACUGAUAUGUCCGCCUACAAAAAACAUUUAGCUCAACUGGCCUGGGAUGCUGGGGAGGAUUUUUUUUGGGGACGCUCCCCAGAAAAGGGUAAUCACCUGACUGUGGUGUUCAGAGACCCUACAUUAGUGACAGGGAUUCUCAUAGAAACAGGGUCAGGGGGCAAAGACCUCCUAGAGUCAGCUCAGGUGGAGAUAGGCCAUGACGUGAUCACCACAGAGAAAGACAAGAGCUGUAAAGAGUUCCAGACAGUUGGGAAGUUAAAAAAUGGGUUGUUUGAGAUCCAAGAGAUGGAUAAAAAGUACACCUCUGCCUCUUCCUGUCUGAGGAUACAGGUCACAGCUGUGCAGAAGGAUUGGCUGAUCAUUACGAAAAUCAGGAUCUCAACAAAGCUUAGUACAAACACACCCCACGCCUAGGAGGGACCCUUUACUUCCUUUCAGAGGAAUAGCUUUUAAUCUGCUGGAGGCAGGCUGAACAUAUUCCUUGUUGAACAGUUUCACUGACGAAACAUCUAUCAAGAAACAGUUUGGAGCUACUGUCAAUCUAACAAUGUUUGAUUAAGGCCAGGUGUAUAGACGACCAUACUUUGCCUUUUCCAAAACAUUAAGUGGUGUUUAUAAAGGAGUGCUGAUUGUCUGUUAAUUUAAGUUAGUAGGGUAGAGAAUAAUGUGAUGUUGCCUGGUUCAGCACCUUUAUACCAAUAUGAAGGAAGAGUAGGAAUGUUAACCUCCCACAUAACAUGCCACCAUGCAUGAAUUGAUCGAGAUAGCCUGGUGUGAUAUGAACACGCAGAAAUAAAAAUAAGGUGAGACACAGGUUGUUAUACACUGCCUGGCCAAAAAAAGGUCACACUCUAAUAUUUCGUUGGACCGCCUUUAGCUUUGAUUACGGCACGCAUUCGCUGUGGCAUCAUUUCCACAAGCUUCUGCAAUGACACAACUUUUAUUUCUGUCUUUCUACGAUUUGAUUUCCCCAAACGUUUAAGUGAUCGCCGAUCAUUCAAGAUUUUCUUCCAACCACAUUCCUUCCUGGAAGAUGAAGUUUCCCCAGCAGUGAUGUCGAUAACGCGUUACUCUAAUCUGACCACUUUUUUCAGUAACGAGUAAUCUAACGCGUUCUAUUUCCUAACCAGUAAUAAGAUUAAAGUUACUUAUCCAAGUCACUGCGUUACUAUUUGUGUCAUUUUCCUUAGUGAAAAGAUAUAUGUUUGCUUUCUUCUUGUGUCUCAGGGAGUGACGUCAAUGCGACAAUUAAGUCACGUUUUCAGCACGAGGACAACUAACAUGUAAUACCACGCAGCGACACAAACGUUACCAACAAUGGAGGGAGGAGAGAUGCAGGUUUUCUAGCUGGAAAUACAGUCACUAUUUUGAGUCAGCUAAAGAGAACAAUAUUAAGGUUCGUUGUUCUCUCUGUGCUGGAGACAAAGUGCUAUCUAGCUUCAAAAACACUGUCAAAUUCAAAGAAACAUUUGGAGUCUCAGCACGGCACAGUCAGACUUACAGAGCAAGUCCCACCAGGUGGAGCAGGCAGAGAGCUGAGACUAAAGCAGGAGGGCCCCCACCACCCAAACAACAAAAGCUGGACUUCAGUGCAAAACCGGUAAGAGGGGGAGAGAUGAAGAAGUUGGUCGGGCAGUAUGAUGGACUCAUUUUUAUGUUGAGGCGGCGGGGGGUGUUGUCGGCAGCUGCCAACAACUUGUAAUCUAACUUAGUUACUUUUAAAAUCAAGUAAUCAAGUAACUAAGUUACUUUUUAAAGGAGUAAUCAGUAAUCAGAUUACUUUUUCAAGGUAACUGUGGCAACACUGGUCCCCAUUGUCCUUCCAGUUUUUAAUGAUGCGUUGGACAGUUCUUAACCCGAUUUUAGUAGUCUCCUUGGAUGUUUUCUCUUCUUGAUGCAUGCCAAUAAUUUGACCCUUCUGAAAUAGAUUGACAUCUUUUCCACGACCACAGGAUAUGUCUCUCGACUGUUUAACAAAUGAGAAGAGCUCACUGCAUCAGUUAGGGUUCAAAAACGUGUUGCCAGCUAAAACAUAAUCCCCCAUGCAGUAAUUAUCCAAUGGGAGGCUCUUACCUAUUUGCUUAGUUAAAUCCAGGUGGUGACCUUUUUUUGGCCGGGCAGUGUAUGUCCCAAUUGUUUUUUUGUUAUUUAAACUAUUUUUCUAUUGAGACAUUGUGGUGUAUUAAAUCUGGAGAUAUACCAGGGCAGAUACUCCCUGAGGUCAGAGGAAUGUUGGGUGGAAGAAGAGUGAAAAACAACAUCUGGAAUACGUUAAAGUUACCCUAGGAAUUGACCUAGGUCACCUCAGGGGGGCACACAGGGUUAUUGCCUACCUCAUGGGAAUACACACACUUUAGGUGCGCGCACUCUUUUUUCCUCUUUAAAUGGCAUGUACAAAGAACGUUCGGGGGACUACCACAAUUGGCUCUGGGAACCCAGCAUCACCCGUGUUGGUGUAUGAUACUAUGCUGCUGUAAUAAACCUUAUUAUACAAGCUGGUGUCUCCGGAGACUUCUUCAUCAUCUUCACAAACAUCGCUACAAGAUAUACUUCAACAUUCUGUAAACUAUUAAAAUAGGAAGGCUAUUAACUAAAUUAUAGCUUGUAUCUUACCUAUAAUGACAACUGAGACAAACUGCUGUGGAUAGAUUAAAGGUGACUGUUGGUGCUUUAAAAAGCUGCAGCCAAGCGUAAUGAUCCCGGGUCAGGAUCGCUGCUCAGUUGUUGGAGGACCUUGCCUAUGUGAGUAUAAAUAGAAAACAUUUAGACAUUGAUUUGAUUUUCUCUGUUCACACUUCUCCAGGUCCAGCUUUAGAAUAACAGACAGAUGUAAAUCAUGCAAUUCCUGUCCAAACUAAAGACUCUUGGGUUCUUUCAACAUUUAAUGAAAUUUAAGAGGGAGCUGGUUGACAGGUCUGGAAUAUCUCCUGGGGUUUACCUGCCUGAAUUAGACUGUUUCCAUACCAGCUUCAACUGAGCCUGGACUUUCUCUCCCUGCUCUGACAACACCAGAACAUUACGGCCAAUCACAGAGAUGUUAAAAUGACUCACACCAGGGUAGCAGUGGUUUUUAUUGAACACUUUUGCACAUUUCUAGAGGUAACAUUACUGGGAUGCUGUGUACUUGAACCUUGUGUUCUGGGGCUCUUGAGGGAUUGAUUUUUUUUUACAGUGUUUGCAUUUUAUUUUGUGUUCUUGGAACAACAGUUAUUGCUCUUUGAGAAAAUGGGCAGGUAUUUGUUUUUGCUUGUAUUUUCUUUGGGUUUCCUUCCUGCUAAUUGUCUGUUAAUUUAAGUUAGCAGAGUAGAGAAUAAUGUGUUUGUUUACUGGUUCAGCAACUUUCACCAAUGUGCCAGUCUUUCUGCAAUUGUCUGUUAGUCUGUCACUUUCUUUUUACGGUCCUAUGACAAUAAAUGACAAUGUACACCCUAUUGCACUGGCUUAUGUUCUUCUCUUAUCUCUAGUCGUUAUAGGGACAGGGCGGUGUAUCGGUGGAUGUACAUCAAAUUCCUAUACACCAGCAUUGUAAUUGUAAUCGGAGCAACUGACUGCUCACAAGUUGCAAUAAAGGCCCCUCAGGAGGAUGGAUUUGUAAACUGAAAGGAUCUUUGUUCUGAAUGUACAGAGCUGUUUUAACUGCAGGAGUUUUUGUUCUGCUCGUGAUUAAAGAACUGAUGACAAGUAAA